UAUCUCCCCUCACCUAAUACCUUCAGGAUGUCCAGGCUCACAAUGUGCCUCUAACACCAUGGUCCCCUGUAGAGCAUCUCACAGCACAGUCCAGGCUGCAGAGGAAUACGUGGGGCUGCAGCACAUCACCAGGGACCCCUGCUGGGAAAGGCUCUGCACAAAGUUUCAAAGUGCUCUGCAAGUAGAAGUUCAGCCAGCAGCAUUGCAUCAUUGCAGGACCUGUUAUCACUGUACGACUUGGAGUAGAUCUACACCACCAGCCUGCUUACUGACCACUAGCUGUUUAGCAAGCUGCGUUAUCUGGGGACAAACUCUUCCGGCAGCCUUCCCUGCAGCACUGAGGAUCGCACAGCCAACACAUUCCCCAGCUAUCCGUGAAAAGCACAUGGGAAGGGCUUUUGCCUCAAAGUGGAACUACAGAAACAGUGGACAUAAUGGCUGGCAAGAGGCAAACAAGUGAACAGGACAGCCUGGUCUAUGGUAAGAUGUCACGGGUGGCAGCCGAACCACAGAAAUGUCCUAUGAAAAAGACAUCCCAUGAAGAUAUGCUGUCGUACAAAUCCUUUCUCACUUACUCUAUGCCUGGUUUCGACCAGCAUAGUACAUCCAACCCGUGGAGUUCGACCACAGCCUAUUUGCAGUAUACGGGUAAUGCGUUAAAUCAGCACUUGAGAACAGAAGAAGCAUCUGUAAGGUGCCAGAGGCAGGAAGCAGAGAGGCUCCACAACCACUCACAGUUCCAUGAAAUGUCAGGGAAUCACCUACAGGUGCAGCAACACCAUCAAGUCUUGCGCUAUCCCUUGCCUUCCUCUCAUGUUUACCCCCCACUUGCAGUGCCACGUCCCAUAUAUAUGAAUCCCACUAAUUUUGUGGACACAAACUAUGGCACACGUGGUCUCUCUGUCCAAGGAAGGCCACCUCACAUACACGCUCAAACUGUUGAAUGGAACUCUGCUCACUUUGCUUAUCCAUCUCCCCCCAUAUAUCCAACUGGUGUAAACAAGAAACUUCAUUCUGCCCACACUGCUGAACAUGGGAAAUUACCACUUGGUGUACCGGAAAUGACCGGAAGUUGUAGGCAAAAAGAGGAUGUAAGCAUGGCUUUAGCAGUACCAUCUUCCCAUCAAGAGCCUUUUAUAGAUCGCUACACCCCCUUUGCUCAACCAAAUCCUCUAAUUCUCUAUGCACAGGGUGAGACUGCUAUAGGGAGGCAAAAGAGCUCUGCAUUUAAUCCAAUCACUCACAAGCAUCAAAACUACAUGUCUGGUGCUCUGCAGGACAAUAUUGACAGCAGAUUGGGACCAGUACACCCAAGGUCACAUUACAGUUCUGAUGGAGUAAGUUAUCCACACCAAUCCACCUUCUACAACUACAAUGAAAAUACAAAUUUUUUGCCAUAUCUUGGCAUGAGCACAAUUGUUAACCCAAAUGAGGAACAUGGUGUAAAACUGGCCCAGGUAAACAGAGAUCUGAGCAUGGGCAUGAGUGACACAAGUAGGCAUUUGAAAAUGAAUGAGAAGUAUGCUCACAGAGAAGAGCGAAUGGCCACCAUACAGAAAGAUGUAGUACAAAAUGUGUGCUCAACCCAGGUCAAUAGAGAGAUGCAGCUUGCUUUAAAUAGUGCAAAGCGGGAUAUGCGUGUAAGUUCUGUUCCCAUGGACCAGGAGCUUCAAGUUAGAAUGACCCAGUUGAACAGAAAUAUUUGGGUAACCCCAUCUAAAGAGAUCCGUGAGUCCCACAAAGAACGUCAUGUUGGUGCAGCUCAUGGAAAUUCUUCAAUGCAAAAAGUUGGCCAGAGUUCACAUCUUCUUACUUCUGUCUCCAGUGGAGAUAUGCAUUCUACAAAGACUGUGCAAGAGAAUUUGUUAGCCUCACAACAGAACAGCACCUUCAAUUCUCACACUUCCUACAUUAAUAAGGAUGCAAGUGUUUGUGUAAAUAGUGAUGGUAUUUUUGUUCAGCAAUCCAAAGUGAAUUCAGAAAAUGUAAGACAUUGUCUCUCCACCCCGGAGAGGUCCUCUCAGGAAUCCCACCUGCUUGGUACAAGGGGUGAAAAACUGAGAUCCAAUGAGAAAGAGCCUGCGUUGCCAAGUCCCAAAGUUCACUGCCAUUCAGAUUCUUUGGAGCCUGAAUCAGACAAUAAUGGUCCCUGUUCCCCUCCCAUGCCUGUGAUUAAUGAUGUCUUCAGCCUUGCUCCAUACCGGGAUUAUCUGGAGGGCACAGCUCCCCAUCCUUUUCCUUUACUUAGAGGGCAUGGAGGGAAAAAUGAAGAGUCUGUUUUACGAUUAAGUACACCAGAAAGAAAAAAGGAAAAUGAGAAGGUAUCGACUGAACCCUCCACACCUGACCGUGUUCAGAAACAUCAUGGUCAUCAAUCCCCCACCAAAUCUAAGAACAUUAAAGAAACUGAUGCUGAACCUGAUUCAUUAAACCCAACAGAAGUAGAAGAAGUGGUUCUUGAUCUAAGCUUGAAAAAAACACUACAUCCUUGCUCUCCACAUAAUAAAGGAGCAUACCACUCUCAUAAUGCAUGUAGUAGUACCUUAGAGCUUUCCAAGACAUCCACCUCACAGGUGGUCACAGAAUAUCCAUUGAGCACCACAAAGCAUUCCACUGCAUGCAGUUCCGCAAAGGUCUCCAUGGGCGCUUGCACAGAAGUUAAUGCUCAAGCAGGAAUACAUGGCUUCCCACAGACCACAAUUUCCUGUCUUAAGUCUACAUUUAUGCAGUCUUCCACUGGCAGCUCUUCACAGACAUCAGUCCUAUGUUUUCCUCAAAAUUCCAGUUCCUGCUUCUCACCAUCUGUAUUUGUCAGUACUGUCCAGUCUCCCACAAAAUGUGCAUCUCAUGCUUCUCUGCUUCCUCCUUACACAAAUGCUACCUGCUCCCAACAAAAUGUUCCUCCUUCAGUUUCUAACAAUCUUUCACACUGUUCCACUCCGUUCCUAGUAUGCUCCAAAGAAACUAGAAGAGAAAGGACAAGGUAUCCCAGUGAUUCUUCCCUCGUGUCCCCAGCCUCAGAGCCAGACAAUGAAGGAAAUGGCUUCCACAGCUCUAAAUCAUUCUUGUUUAAAAAGUACAAACUUCGGAAACUUGGCCCUCAUGGAGGAGAAACACAAUUAACUGAAUGUAAUUCUGCUACAAGAACUUUGCCCAGCCCUUUUCCACUGCUUUCUGAAUCCGUGCAUUCUCUACCACCAAGUGCUCCUGAGUCCUCUCCAACACUUGGGGAGGCCAAUGUGUCUUUGGCCAGUGGUGGCGAAACUGCAGUGGGUGGAUCUGGGAGACAAUUCAACGAGCUACACCAUUCAGUGCGUGCAGCCAUCUCAAAUUCUGUUACAUGUUCUCCUCCUGCCCUUCUCCAGGACUGGCUUAUAAAAUCCAAGGAAACCGAAAGACCAAAAUCUCCUGUAAAGUCCAAGGCAAUUUCCAGAACAUCUGAACCAUCUCAAGACCACGAGCUAUGGUUGACCUUUGACGGAGUCCGUAUGCUUUUACAUAAACUGUUAUCCCAUUUGGAAACUUUCAUGUUCACACGACGAUGCCCAUUUCCUCAUGUCAUCAGGGCAGGUGCCAUCUUUAUUCCUAUCUAUCUGGUAAAAGAAGUUUUGUUCACAGAGUUGGUGUCUGCGUCCGUAGAUCGGGUGUUGCAGAGACACAAAGUGGAACUUCGUCCCACAACCCUUUCUGAGGAAAAACUCUUGCGGGAGAAAAAGCUGAAAGACUGCCCUUCACGCUUGUUAAAAUUACUUGCAUUAAAACAACUCCCUGAUGUGUAUCCGGAUUUACUACAUCUGUACUGGGGAUUCUGCGUCCAGAAUCAGCUUGGUAAUUGCGCACAGAUUUCUCUGAAAGAGAAGGGGGAGUCCCAGCCAAAAGAAACUUUAGAAUCGUCAUCAGAAGGAUUUCCCAAAAAGGAGGCUUCAGCCCAGAAACGAGACUCCUCCCUGAUCCUGAAGCUACAUAGGAUUUCACAACCCUGUGGAAACCAUGUGUACAGAGCUCAAAAACUAAAGCUUUCCCAGGAUAAGGGAGCAGAUGGAAAGCCGAAAAAACAAAUGUGCCUUAAAAAAAAAGUUGCCAGGAAGUAUAAAAAAUGCCCCUACAGAAAGAGGAGGAGGGGUCUUCGAAAACGUACAGGAAAGGGAAAUCCGAACUUAGUCGGAAGACGGAUCCUUCAUUUAUUUGAUGAUGGGAAGCGGGAAACCUGGUUUCGUGGAAAAGUUGUGCAGGUUCACAGACCCUCGGAAAAUCCUAAAGACACUCAGUACGAGGUGUGGUAUGAUGACGAGCCCGGUACUCGCUACUUUUUAGAACUUCUGCAGGACUAUGAGAAAGGCUGGCUCAGAUUUGAAAAGUCUGCUGCUAAGAAAGCCAAGGCAUAACUUGUAAUCAGACAGGCAGACCUGGAUUUGUCUUAUAGACUCAAUGGGGUCUGUGCUUUGGGCUAUUCCAAGGCUGAAAUGGUGAAUAUUGUGGAACCAAGAGCAACGUCUGGGAGGAGGGUUGCUUAUGGUUGGAAGAUAAGAGGAUUGUAAUUUUUACUUAUGUUUCUUAAAACUAGUAUGUUGCCGAUAAACGGCUUUAUUUAUUGUGAUGUUCAUUUCAGAUGAGAAAACAUUGCUUGUAAUAUUAAAUAAGAGGUGUUUGUAAUGUUUUUAACAAUACAUAUUCUUGUAAAUUUUUCGGGUUUUUGAAAAGCCGAUUUUAUUUUUUUAUUUUAAUUUGUUUUUAAUUUUUUUAAACCACAGCAUUUUUCAUUGCCACAUGAGAGAUUAGGUCGCAAUGGUAAUAAUUACUGCUUUUACUACGGGAAAAGGUGAUAUUUUCUCUCAGUGCCUUAUAGCUGCUGCAACAUUUGAAAUGUACAAUGACAGGUCUACCUUAAAAGGCAACCGUAAGUACGGAGAACUCCAUUAUGGUGACUUAAUUUACACCAAGAUGGGUAGACAUUUCUGUAUUGACAAAUGCCCACUUUGGACAAAAAACACAGCCCUUCAUAUCUGUGUCAAUUCAAAUUUGGCAUAUGCCACCCAUUUGAGUGCCAGAUAUAUUUGCUGCUUAUAUGCAAGAGCAUGUGGUAUAUCACUGACAUUGGGAGGUAGCAAUCCAGAUCUAUCCAUAUAGUUAAAACUUGGGUAGUCUCAAUCCAGUCUAUACACAUUGGUGUUGAUGUCUACCUGUUUUCCCAUGAUGCACAUGUGCAGUCAUGUGAAAACAUUUCCACAUAUACACACCACUCCAGAAGAACUUGAAAAUUACUUGAGCACCGCAGAAGUCUGGUCAUAACUAGACAGUCCCACGGAAUCCAGAAUCGGCACAAAUAUUGUUCUUUUCGUAUUGGUGUGUGCAGUUUUUACCUGGAUUUUGAACAUGUAUGUUCAAAUAUAAUACAUUUCUUCAACACUUCAUAGAAUCUUAUAUUUGCUAGUUAUACUAAAUAAAGUUAAAACCUUAACUGUUACAGAACCCUACAACAUGAUGAUAGGCACUCACUAAGCCCUGCUCCAAUGUGUUUGCAGUCACUAAAUUGAACUUGGCCACAACUUUGGGGUACUCCUUACUUCAACGUGGUAAGAUCUCAAGGCACACUUACCGGUAUUUCAUAGAGCUUAGAAAUAUUCUUUGGGGAGUAACUUGUGAGUCUUAACAGAUUUGUCUACUGAAAUGUUUAGUGUACUUAUACUGCAUAACCAAAGGUCAGAGAACACUUAAUACCAAUUGGCCUUGAUCAACUGAAUUAAAUGUUUUAAUCUGUAGUGUCAUGUGUUUUGUUUUGUUCUAAAACUUCUGAUUCUGUCAUUUUUGUAUUCUGUGUUUAAGUUAUUGUUUUAUAAAUCUAGAUUAUUUUAUC